CCGCCGCCCUCUCCUAACCCAAUGGCGCGGCUGUCGCGUCAGCGCUGUGAGCCAGCACUUUAGGCUUCCCCCGCCUGUAGCCCAUUACAACAUCCGCCAUGGCUGCUGCUGAAGCGGCAUCUUGAGGAGUGAAAGGAGGUGCCUUAGCCCAGUUCGCAUUGGCGGCGGUGGGGCGGCUAGAAUUCCUCUGCUGCGGGUCAUGGAGGAGCUGGACGCCGACCAGGAGACUAGGGCAGCCCGGGCGGCGUCGGCUGAGACUGCGACGGUUAUCAUUUGAAGGGGGUGGCGGCGGCCCGAGCUGGAGCGGCCGGAGACCUGACCCAGCUACCGUGGUGAGAGGCGAGAAGCCGGCCCGGGCAGUUUGGUGAUCUCAGGUGCCAGAUGUUGGAGGCAGGAGAACAACGGACAUUUUUCUUGGUUGUAUGCACACUGAGUUGCAGUGAUUGUCAUUGAACUGGUUCCUGUAGCUGUUGGCCCUGCCCAUAAAGUUAAGCAGGAACUUGUUCCUGAAGGAUAAACAAGACACAGACUCAAUUGGACAUAAAUGGAUCUAAAGACAGCAGUGUUUAAUGCAGCUCGGGAUGGCAAGCUGCGCCUUCUUGCCAAGUUGUUGGCAAGCAAAUCAAAAGAGGAAGUGGCCUUGUUGAUCUCUGAAAAAACAAAUGGUGCCACUCCACUUUUGAUGGCAGCCCGAUAUGGGCACCUUGACAUGGUGGAAUACCUUCUGGAGCAGUGCAGUGCCUCCAUAGAGAUUGGAGGCUCUGUGAAUUUUGACGGUGAGACCAUUGAGGGGGCUCCACCUUUAUGGGCAGCUUCUGCAGCAGGACAUUUGAAGGUAGUCCAGUCUUUGUUAGACCAUGGAGCUUCUGUCAACAACACAACUUUGACUAAUUCAACUCCUCUUAGGGCUGCCUGUUUUGAUGGUCACCUGGAAAUAGUAAAAUACCUUGUGGAACACAAAGCUGAUUUGGAAGUUUCUAACCGUCAUGGUCAUACAUGCUUAAUGAUUUCAUGUUACAAAGGACAUAAAGAAAUUGCUCAGUAUUUACUUGAAAAGGGGGCUGAUGUUAAUAGAAAAAGUGUUAAAGGAAACACUGCACUGCAUGAUUGCGCAGAAUCUGGAAGUUUGGACAUCAUGAAAAUGCUUCUUAAGUAUAGUGCCAAGAUGGAAAAGGAUGGCUAUGGAAUGACUCCCCUUCUAUCAGCAAGUGUGACAGGUCACACAAAUAUUGUGGAUUUUCUGACACAACAUGCACAAACUAGCAAGACAGAACGCAUUAAUGCCUUAGAACUUUUGGGAGCUACAUUUGUAGACAAAAAAAGAGAUCUGCUUGGGGCUUUGAAAUACUGGAAGAGAGCAAUGGACAUGAGGUACAGUGACAGGACUAAUAUCAUCAGCAAACCUGUACCACAAACAUUAAUAAUGGCUUAUGACUAUGCCAAGGAGGUGAACAGUGCAGAAGAACUAGAAAACCUUAUUGCUGACCCCGAUGAGAUGAGAAUGCAAGCUCUGUUAAUUAGAGAACGUAUUCUUGGUCCUUCUCACCCAGAUACAUCUUAUUAUAUUAGAUACAGAGGUGCUGUCUAUGCAGACUCUGGAAAUUUCAAAAGAUGCAUCAAUCUAUGGAAAUAUGCUUUGGAUAUGCAGCAGAACAAUUUGGAUCCCUUGAGCCCAAUGACUGCUAGUAGUUUAUUAUCUUUUGCAGAGCUGUUCUCUUUCAUGCUACAGGAUAGGGCAAAAGGCUUAUUGGGAACUACCGUUACAUUUGACGAUCUUAUGGGUAUACUGUGCAAAAGCGUCCUUGAGAUAGAUAGAGCUAUCAAACAAACUCAGUGUCCGCCUGACCAAGUACAGUUGAAUAAAGCCCUUUCCAUCAUUUUGCACUUAGUUUGUUUGUUAGAAAAAGUUCCUUGUACUCCAGAACAGGAUCAUUUUAAGAAGCAGACUAUAUACAAGUUUCUUAAGCUGCACCCUAGAGGAAAAAAUAACUUUAGCCCUCUUCAUCUGGCUGUGGACAAGAAUACCACAUGUGUAGGUCGAUAUCCUGUUUGUAAAUUCCCAUCUCUGCAAGUUACUGCAGUACUGGUGGAAUGUGGUGCUGAUGUGAAUGUCAGAGACUCUGAUGACAAUAGUCCCUUGCACAUUGCUGCACUUAACAACCAUCCAGACAUCAUGAACCUCCUUAUCAAAUCAGGUUCACAUUUUGAUGCCACAAACUCUCACAAACAAACUGCUAGUGACUUGUUGGAUGAGAAGGAGAUAGCUAAAAAUUUGAUCCAGCCCAUAAAUCAUACAACAUUGCAGUGUCUUGCUGCUCGUGUCAUAGUGAAUCAUAGCAUCUAUUACAAAGGGCACAUUCCAGAAAAGCUGGAGAACUUUGUUUUACUUCAUAGAUGAUAAUUUGACUGAAUUCUUGAUACUGUUGAAGCACGAGUUGGUAACAGUUGUUUCAUAUUUGAGCACUGUUGUGAUAACACCAGCAUUCAUAUAACUUGAUAACAUUGUGCUUUCGUUGGCUAAGGCAUUAAGAGUAUCAGAUUUGCAGAAUUGGUUGACCCAUAUUUAAUAUAAAUCUGCCAUAUAUUGUUUUGUGGAUUAUUGAUAAAUGUAAUGCCAUAUUCAAACUCCUAAAAUUGUCUGCCAAAGCCCUGUCUGUCUUGUUUUAUUUGCCUGUUGGGUGUUUGGGACUGAAUUCUAUUUUUCACUGGUCUCUUUAUACAAGUCUUGGUUUGCAGAUAGUAAGCAAUUGAAGGCCUAUUUUUUUGCCCAUUUUUUCCUGUCCUUUUCUUCCCAGCCAGGCCUGCCUACCCCUCCCUCCCUUCUUCGCUCACUCCCUUCCUUCAUUCCUCCCUCAGUCCUUCCUCUUCCCAUCCCUUUUUUCUUCCCUCCCUUCUCCUUUCUUCCCCUCCCACUUCUCUUGCCUUCCCACCUGUUCUCUUGCCCUCCCCCCCUACCCUUUUCUUGGCUGGGGGUGGGGAGGGUAGGGGUAGAUAGAGAGGGUGAGGUAGCUACAGAUAUGGAGUUCGAGCUUGAACAUUUCUGGGUUUUAUUUUUAUGUAACGAUUCAUUGCUGGGUUGUAUAAGCUUUAUUGACUUUUUACCAUUUGCAGUUACCACAAGUGCUUUAUAUUCUCUAUGCACUGGCUUACACAUGACUGUUGUACGUUAGCAUAUUUCUAUGCAGCAGUUUGCCAACUUCAACUCAAACCACUGUUUUGAAGAGUUUGUUGAAUUAUUUUUUUGAGAACACUUCACAGCAUGAUCUUUUUUUUUUUAAGAGCUAUGUCAGUUGCCUAAGAUUUUCUGAUUGCCUUUUUUUUCCCCAGGAUAUUUGUGCAGUUGCUUUCUCUAAUACUCUGAAAUUAUUAUGUGCUCAAUUUGGGAGACCUAUACGUCACUCACUGACCCAGAUGAAAUUUGUUUGCCAUCUUACAUCAUGAAACAAAAGGAAAGAGUCUUCAGAUAAAAACUGGCAUACCUUUCAUGCUGCACCAGUGCUGUUUUGCAUGUACUAAUUGUGUGAUUGUGUAUGGAUUUGCUCAAAGUUAUCUCAAAUUUAAUCACACAGUUUAAUGAGAAAUAGAUGUUUAUAGUAUGAAGUUACAGAUCACCUUAUUUUUAAAGAUUACCUUCCUUAGUUACAAGAAACUAAAGCAUGUCAGUGGCAUGAUGCUUGCCAAUCUAAACCUAGGCAUCUAGGAUAAUAAUAUUUUAUUAAAUGGUAUAAUUUCAUGGUAUAAAAGGUUCAAUAAGUGUCCCAUUUUUCCUUAAGUUUAAAUACACCUCCUAAAGAUAACUUGCAUGAUUUGUCUUUAUCUUUCAGCCAUACAAGAAGGUUGCAGAACUACUUAGCCCCUUACUGAAAACUAUAUUUUAAAAAUGUAUAUAAUGUGUGCACAACAAUUUGAUAUUGAAGCAGAAAGGGCUCUUUUGACUUAAAAGUAUAAGUAUAAAUAAAGAAUACAAAUGUGUAAAAUUCAGGUAAUUACCGUUCAGCACUUUAUUGUUAUUCAGAAUAAAGUUUGAUAGCUUAUCACUGCAGAUGUCUAAAAAUGAAAUUAUUCUGAAUAAAAAGUUCCUAACUGAUUUGAGGGGGGGAAAAUCAGCUGACCUGUGAUACAAGGCACUGGCAACAUUUUGUUUUGUGGGUUUAUGUAAUAUAAAGAUAAUCUUAUGGGUUAUUGUUGCAGCCAAUAAUUGAAAUGCACAUUUUCAAAAACUCUUGUCUUCUAUACUCUCCUUUUCUCCUCACCCUUCCUGAAAUAUUUAUUCUACUUUUGUGCAUUUAAUUAGUUAACCAUUCAACAUGCUGGAUUGGCUAGUUAAAGGAACAUCUUUCCCACCUAUUAGCUAAUUUAAAUAUUUUGAGGGGAGUUCUUUGGUGUAUAUUUUAUGAAAUUUUGGAUCACCAAUGAGUAUGCUGCCUUUUAUGAUACAGGACUGAUAUUUUGCCAACUUUUACUUAAACCAUGUAGUACUUAGUGUAUGAACUUAUUACUUUGUGUGUAAGCAACUUUUUAAAAAGAAAACUUGACAAGUACAAAAAAAUCUAAAUUGAGCUGAUAAAUGAUAUUUAAAGUCAUCCUUUUUUUGUAGGUAUAAACAGAUUUUUGAACAGUGGUUCUAAUAUUUUUCCUCUUUUGCAUAUCUUUGCUGUCUUAGUAAGGGAUACCUGAGAAUCCUCUAAAGAUGAAUCACAAUUGGGAGGACUCUGUACUUUAAAAUGCAGCAUUUCUUUACUGCUGACAAUAGAUAAUUUAGAACUGCUCUUAAGUAGUGAGAAUGAAGGUUCCUUAUUUAAAGUAAGGUACUACUACCUAGUUUGACAUAUCAAAGUGAUAAAAUGACAUGUCUUAAAAGAAUUUUAUUUUGAGAGUUCAGAGUUGGUAAUUAAGUUUCUUUACAUGUGAAAAGGCUUUUUUGGGAUAUUGUUAAAAGUUAUGGUGAAACCAAAUAAGAUACUUAGUAUCUUUAUUUUUUUACCAAUUAUUAAAUUUAUCCCUAGUGUAAACUAAUUGUACUGAUUUGGAUCAAGUCUAGUGCAAAUAAAUAGUAUAGGCUAUAGUUAAUGCAAGUUAACUAUGUGUCUGCCAUGUUCUUUUUUUCACCUGUUGGCAUUCAGUUUUAUUACUGGACACUUUUUUUAAAAUAGAAAUUUCCAUAAUUUCAUCUAGAUGCCAAUUAAUUUUAUAUGGACAAAUGGAUUUUAAGUUUUAAAACACUCAUUUUCUUUUAUCUCUAUUAACACUACAUUAAACAUUUCAGAGACCCCAACUACUGUGACUUUGAAUAAAUAUUUAAAUUAUACUUGGCGCAGAGUAACUCUUUAAAGUUGUGUUGUAUACCAGAAAUACUAGCCUGGAAUACAAGGAUUUUAGCCCUUUAAAUUUCCUAGGCUGAGACAAUCUCUAUAUUCUUAUAUAUUGAAAUAUAGGAUUAUUGACUGGCACAUUUUGGGGUCAGAUAUUAAAGAAUUUUGAAUAAUAUUAUAAUUAACCACCCUUUCUGUCUUAUUUUCCUAAUCAACAGCUGUCUUUUGUCAGUUUCCCAUUGUGUAUCUUUCCAAAGCAAUACUGUAUUCAGAGAUAACCAAUGAAUUGUCACACAAUGGUAAAAUGACAUCCCACAAUGUACAUUGUGAGGCAUAAUAAAAUUAAAAAUUUACACCAAA